AUGACAUUCCGUCUCGCUACCCGCCCCGCUGCGCAAGCUCUUCGUGUUCCCAAGACGCCGCUCGUGCGUACAGUGACCAGCCUGAGCAAGGUUGCGUACACCGCCAAGGCCGAGUCGAGCGGCGCCGGCCGCAACGGCGAUGUGAAGCUGCGUGAGGGCGGCCCCCUCAAGUUCCAGCUUACGCUCCCCAAGUCGCUCGGCGGCUCGGGUGAGGGCCACAACCCCGAGCAGUUCUUUGCGCUCGGCUACUCUGCGUGCUUCCUGAGCGCGGUCAACGCUGUGGCGCGCGCCCAGAAGGUCAACCUCCCGAAGGAUAUUGAGGUGCACGCGGACGUGAGCAUUGGCACGCCCGAGGGCCGCCAGGGCUUUGGCCUCGCGGUCGAGCUGCUCGUCAAGGCUUCGUAUGAGGCCGCGCAGAGGGAGGAGCUCGAGGGCGUCAUCAAGGCUGCGCACGAAAUGUGCCCCUACAGUAAUGCAGUCCGCAACAACAUCCCGGUCAAGGUGUCCCUUGCCUAA